GAUUUUGGGAUUUUGUGCACUUCAACAUCUCAAUUUUUAGUCCGAAAAGGCAACUUCCACGAGCUCCGGAAGGUGCUGCAUGCUGCUUGUUCACUUUCUGCUGUUGGUUCUACAGUAAAGACAAUGAUGCAGCAAGACGAAGAGGACGGCGUGCCCUUCGACAUGUUCAGUUGCGGUAGCGACUUCAGCCGAGAAUACUACGCGUCGAUGCACACUCCACCAACGCGUUCCCAACCUCGUAGCGAUGCUCUACCACCGCCUAGCAACUGGACGGUACUGUCAUCUCUGCGUCAUACAGCCAUCCUCGGAGAGCAGAAAGUGAAGAUGCCGCUACUGAUCCGCGUCCGUGACGCAAGAGUACUGGCUGGAGCUGCUGCGUUCGUGGCUGCACUGAUGCUGCUCGUUGGGGUCUUCACGGAAGGAGUACCAGUGGGUUCUCGCGACUCGGUGGCGUCGAUCGACGAGCUUAACAAAUAUAAUUUUUAUACCGGUACAAUUGCAGCGACGCUGGCCAAGCCGUUCGAGAUGGCACUCGCGUUCUUCGUUCCAGUGUUGAAUUUGGCGCUCUCGCCUCGGAACAGCUUACAGAACGACUCGAUGGGCUGGAGAACCCUACAGUUCUGUACACAAGGCACUCUGGUAGCGCUGCUGACUGGAGCUUUCAGUACUCUUAACGUACAGCAACUGGAUCCAGAAUUGAUGCCUGUGAUCAUCGCUUCCGACUUGUCGUCAUCGUUUUCGACGGGAUCGACUGUAACCAGCAGCGAUGUUGCAUUUUCGCUACGACCAACAGCUGACACACUACUGCGUAGUGCAAUGCUCCCGGUGUAUGUCAAUACAACCGAGAGUGUUUGCCAGGGCCGUGGAGGCUGGCCGAACAUUGCUACGACCUACGCUUUCUUCGCCAACGACUGGCUGGUGAAUCUGCUCCCGGACGGUCGAGAGACCGAGUUCACGUUGCAUACGAACGUCGGUGACAUUGCCUCCGAUUCAAUCACCGACGGCAAAAAUGAAGCUACCAUCAACGGAUUCAAUGCUACCCUAUCGGGUAACCUGCUGCUGUACGCGAUGUUCUUCUCACAGACGCUACUGGCGUGGAACGGGCUCUCGUACCUCGAGAAUAACUCGCUAGCUCAAUUCCAAGAAGAGGUAAUAAUCUGGCGAGCAUUGGAAGCUGUUACCGAGGUCGACUUCCAACUAGCUGCAAGUGCCAUGCUGCAGACGACACUCAAGGAGCAGUCCACGCGUCUCGGGUUGGCGUUUGACACCGUUGCAGCUUCCUUCAACACGUCACACGUAAAGUUGUCGGAAGACAUUGAAUUUGACACCGUCACGAUUGAGAUCCCUUUCGACGAGCAUGCUAUUGCGGACAACAGAUCACCAACGAGCUCAAACUCGUCUCUUCUCUACAAGCUUAACUCCAUUACCGAGUGCGGCGAGACGGCGUGUUUGAUCCCGCCACCUAGAGACUCAUUCUCGCCCACUGAGACGUUGGGGGAUACUGCCUACACACAAUGGAACGUUGAGCCCCAGAUCCAGGCCUUCGCAGCCUGCAUCUUCGAGGACGGUACCGAAUUCAUGACAGUAGACUACCUACACGGCGCUAGCUGCACUCGCCGAUCCUCGACGUCGUUCUUAAUCUACAGUUUUGGGCGUCGGGUGGUCGCCAACGACGUGACAGUCGACGCGUCGAGUUCCUCGCGCGUUGUGGAGGUGACGAACAUACAGCGCUACCACACGAUUACACUCGGCCGGCUGUCCUGGCACACGAAAGAUCUGGCCAACGACUUCAAUGCCGCCUGUGGCAACAGCACGUGCAUGGGGAUCAGCUUUCUGCUUGAUAAUGCUUCAUCUUUGGCUUCCGCGCGAUACCUGGUCGUCGGUGAAGAACACCUCCCUGUUGACUCGUUAGGCGAUUUCGAUGGACUGUACUCGCGGUGGACCCCACUGGCAAUGGUAACGACACCAAACGACAUGCAAGGCGAUCUAUUAUUCCCACGGAAUGUCCGUAAUGGUCUCAAUUGGGACCUCGACGGACAAUGCUCGACCAGCGUGGACGUGUUCGCCACACAGGUGGAGCAGAACCACUGGUACAUGAGUUACGGACUGCAAGAGGCGUACACAGCGGCGCUCUUCCUGCUCUUCCAGAACGCUGUCGUUCGAGAGGAACAGCAGAGCGUCGACGGAUCUCGAACGCUCAACUUCGAUGGAAGCAUUACGCACGUGACACUGGAAGCACGGAUUCCAUUUCCGUCCGCUCUGAUUUCCAUUGUUGGCAGUGUCAUCGUACUAGCAGGAGCUCUAUGCAUCGCCGUCGCUGGCCGACGUAAGGAAGGCACGAUCCAGCGAGAUCUGGGCGUGGAAGAGAUCGCGAAGGUGCUGCUCGUGGAUCAUCGCUUUCCAAGGCUCUUUUUGGAUUGCACACUGGACGACCCAGACGCUCGUGUGCGCCGUCCGCUCCAUACUUUCCACAUAAGUGCGCUCGUGUUGCACCAUGAACCACAGCCUAGCAGUAACAAUGAUGCAGGUGUAUUCAUCCAGUACCCACCUCUCACGUGAAUCUAUUGCCCAGCGAUGGGAACUUGGUCAUGGUUCCCCUUAGCUUCAGCAUGUAACAUAAAGCAACACGAACGUAACAGACUCAAGAGAUCUACAAGAAUCGCUCCGUUGUCUAGGAAAACCACAGAUGAAGUGGCGUUAACAACAAGGCC